ACACGCAUUCCUUGCCCUUUAUAAUCAGGGGAGGGGGAGGCACCAAAAACCCUAGACGAAGAACCUAAAAGAAACCUAAAAGACUUCUUCUACACGAAGCACAGACCCUUGGGUACAGAGAGUCUCUUAUAUUUCCGGCGGAGGAGGAGGGCAAUUAAAGAUGGAUGAUGAGGAAGUAUCAUUGUUUUUGGUUGCGUCUUUUGUUGGUGGGCCAUAUUGUGCUGCAAUUUAUGAAAUCAAAUUUCGAGUAGAAGGAGGGGAAUCUAAAAUUGCAACAGUUAGUCCUCUGAUGAAAGCGUUUAGUUAUUCUAAAGAAGAAGAUAGAGGAUAUUCACCUGUUGGUUGUGAUAUCUCAGGAUCGCAGAUGUGCUUGAUGGCUUCAUAUUGGGAUCUGCAUUACAGUUUUGAGCAGUAUCAACCCCUUAUUUUCGAUACAAAUACCAAAAAGUUUUCUGACUUGAAAUGGCCAGAAGCAACAAAACCUUAUCCACUAGUGAUGGCUGUCGGUGAAAGAGGUUUUUUUGUGCUUGCUGGUGGUACUAUGUGUACGUCCGUCAAAAUACGCUCUCCGUGUUUCGAACGUCUGGGUCCUUUUCAAUGGAGGGAUGAUUCUGAUUGUGAUUAUUCUUCCCUACCUGAGUAUCGUUUGCACAGAAAAUUACCCAGAAUUAUCUCCGGUUACGCAGUAAUCCACGACUGUAUUCUCAUUUGUGUCCAUGAUUUUAUUUCCAAGGCACGGACACGCAGUCAGGCAACUCAAUUUUAUUAUUACAGAGUCGGGAGUGAAAUGGAGAACUGGCAGGUCAUCAAAAAGGAAAAGGAGUAUGAGUUAUAUUACCCGAUCUAUGGAAAGGCUGAAUAUGUUGAUGGUUAUUUAUACACUUUCGGACGUAGUUAUAACUUGAUUGCAUAUCAAGUCGUUGAGAAUGAUGGUAUCAUUCAAUCUAUUGGUCUUCCACUGUAUUUUAGAGAACUGGACUUUAAAGAUCUACCAGUGGAUUGUGAUCCCGCACUCUCGGGUUGCUUUGUUCAUUUGGGAAACAGAAUAUUUUGCAUGAUGAAGACUGGUUUCAAUGUUGACCCCUCCAACUUUCAAUAUGUUUCCAUCUUGAUCGUCCAACUUUCUGAUGAUAUGGAGCUUUCAACCUUGUGGUCAGCUCUCUGCGCGUUGAAUAUAGAGAACCUCGCUCGGGCAAAUUUAACAUCACUUUGUUUGGACACCCAGCAGAGUAAAUAUGCCUACAAGUCUGAAUUCUGGAAAAGAGGUCCUAAUGUUCAGACUGAGCAGUUUGAGGAUCUCGAUGUUGACACGCAUAUGCAGCCAGUGAACACUGAUCCACCAAAGCUGGAGUCAGUACCUGAGGCUGAAUUAGUGGAUUGUUUCCUGCAGUCGCUGGGUCUUGAAAAAUAUUCAAAGUUAUUCAAAGAUAAGAAAAUUGAUAAAGCCACUCUAAAACUCAUGACUGAUGACAAUCUUGAGGCUUUAGGAUUACGAAUGGGUCCAAGAAAGAAGAUACUUUGGGCAUUGGAGACUGAAGUUUGACUUUUGGGAGUUGAUUAGGUCCAUUUGCUUGUUUGUGUGGAGCUCAAUGUUUUGGACUAACAUCUGAAAAUUCAGCUGGCCUGUAUUUUAACCCCUGUGACUUUGUUAUUUUAACCCGUGACUUUGCUUUAACUUAUUGGGACUGAAUUUUCUGUUAUAUUGCUGGAUGUGAUUCAUCGAGCUUAUCAUUAGUGUGGAGUUUUUCUGAGUCAUUCGAGGGCUGUGUUCACAACUUUGGAUAGGUCUGCCCCUCCGUUUCCAUUGUCUUUUCAAGUAUUUUGGUGUUAUCUUUCUUGAUAAACGAAUUUGUAGGGGGAAGGAAUGAAAUGUUCAAAGGUAAUGGUUAUUCAGUUCCUUUAUUGCCAA